AGAGAAAUAUCAACAAACACAUGUUAAUUUGUUUUUGGCAGUCUGCAGCUGUGUUUACUGUUUACUGGUGUUUGGCUAGUUAUUUUUUUUCAUGCUCGUAAUAGUGUGAUGAAAAGGGCUGCUAAAAUGGACCAAUUGACGUAUCAGACAGCUGUUAAAAAGGCCCAACUGGUCGAGAGGAACCCCCAGUCCCAAAUAGAUCCCAUGCGGGUUUCUAUGCAUCAGGAGGAGGACAUCAUAGCCCUUGCCCAACAAAUCCAAAAUGCAGACAAGCAGUUGAAAAACACUACCUGCCAUAAGUUGGGUGUUAUAAUGGAACAGAUCAAGAUGCUCCAAGCCCAAGCUAUGGAUAUUCUAAAAGAGUCCAAUCUUAACCGAGAUCUUCACAGUGCUGCCUGCAAUUUUACAAAAAAACCCGGUAAAAUAUACUAUCUAUAUCAAAGGGCAUCGGGUCAAAACUAUUUCAGCAUGCUAUCACCGGAAGAAUGGAAUCUAUCUGUUGACCAGACCUUUAAGGGCAGCUAUAGGUUGGAAUUCGAUUUGAGUUGGACACCUGUGGAAAAGAUUAAAGAGCAGGAUGAGAAGCUCAAGUGGGCGGAGGAAUGUAUGCAAAAGGCUCUGGAUGGUGGGAGAGGUUCGGCCAUGGCCAUCGACUUUAAUAUCAACAAUGAUUAAAAUAUAUUAAAAUGUUUUUAAAUAUAUUUUUAUUUUCAAUAUGCAAA